CCUUUCUCCUUCUUUCCUUCCUCCUAUUACUAUUAGAGAAAAUAUUAAGCUUUUUUUUAGAGUUUCUUAAUAUUCUUUACUUUGAUUUCCAGCCAUGCUGUCUGCUUUUCCGAUCCAACCCGAUUCUCUGUUCGGAAACCCAUUUUCGGCUUUCGAAACCGGCUUUACGCCGUGGGACUGUCCGGAAUUCCUCCAAACCAUCCAAUCCCCAGAACCCGUCAUUUCAAAUUCCGAUUCCGAUGCUUUGCAGUCCACAAAAUCGGAACCGGACGUUUUUCCUUCUCUGAACCCGGUUAUUUCGUGUUCUGGUUCGGGAUCGGACGAGCCGAACCGAAACCAAGGCGACUCGGACGGUCCGAAUCAUAAGCGGGGGGCGGAAUCCGUGACUGUGGUGGACGAGCGGAAACGGAGGCGGAUGAUAUCGAACCGGGAAUCGGCUCGGCGGUCACGUAUGCGUAAACAGAAGCAUUUAGAAAACCUAAGGAACCAGGCGAACCGGUUUAGGGUGGAAAACCGAGAACUUUCGAACCGGUUGCGUUUCUUUUUGUACCACUGUCGUAGCGUACAAACAGAGAACAAUCAGCUGAGGUCCGAAUAUGACAUGCUCCGACAGAAACUGUCUGAGAUUCGACAAUUUUUGGUGUUCCGGCAACUCCAACCUCUGACUUCUGCAUGGCCAUGCAAUACUACUACUACUAGUACUGUUACGUCGACCCAAUAAACCCCUAUCAUUAAUCCAAAUGAAUUUUAACUAUAAAUUUUACCUACUCAUGACCUAAAACGAGAACUAUGAGACCUCUCUCUCUCUCUGUUUAUAUUAAGUCAAAAAGUAGUUAAAGGAAUUAAUUGGUGGGGGUUCUGAAUCUGAUCAGUGAUUUUUGGGAAAAUGUCACGUUAUGAGUAAAAACUUUAGUUACUACUAUUAUUAUGUAAAAACUUUAGUUAUUAGUGUACUUGUGGUCUUAAUAGUUAUUAAGUAUAUAUUUUUAGUUGUUUUGGUGUUCUCUCUAGUUUUAGUCAUCUACUUAAAUAAAGGUUG